AUGGCAGAUAAAAACAAUAGCGAUAGCAUCAUCAGUGAAGAAUCUGAAAACAACAAGAACAACCUCCCAAAAGUAUUCCAUCACGUUCCACCAGAAUUCUCCUCCAUUCUCCAACCCAAACCAUCACAAAACUUCCAUAUCUUAAACCCCGGUUGCCUACCCUCUCUCCACCAAUUCAUAGCCACCAAUCCUCACCAAGCCUCCUCCAUCGUCGCCAUAGUCUGUAGCCAUGUCUACACCGUCACUCCCGACCUCCUCCAACUUCUCCCCUCCCUCCGUCUCAUCUGUUCUAGCGCUGGUACUGAUCACAUUGAUCUCUCUGAGUACCGCCGUCGGCAAAUCCAGGUCGCCGGUAUCGGAAAUCUUUUUUCCGACGAUGUUGCUGAUAUGGCUGUGGGUUUGUUGAUUGACGUCAGCAGGAAACUUUCCCCCGCCGAUCGGUUCUUGAGAAGACUGCUUCAACCUUCCUCUUGCGAGUUUCCACUUGGUUCUAACUUGACAGGAAAAAAGAUUGGAAUUGUUGGUAUGGGAAAAAUUGGCUCAGAAGUAGCAAAGAGGCUGGAAGCAUUCAGCUGCAAGAUAUCAUACAACUCUAAGAACAAAAAACCAUUAGUUUCAUACCCUUUCUAUUCAACUGUCUUAGAGCUUGCAACUAACACCAAUGUACUUAUUCUCUGUUGUGCACUAAAUGACCAAACAAGACACGUUGUGAACAAAGAAGUCAUGUUGGCAUUGGGAAAAGGAGGAAUCAUAGUGAAUGUUGGAAGAGGUGGUCUCAUUGAUGAAAAGGAAUUGUUAAGGUGUUUGAUUGAAGGUGAGAUUGGAGGAGCUGGUUUGGAUGUGUUUGAGAAUGAACCUCAUGUUCCUAAACAGUUCUUUUUUUUGGAUAAUGUUGUUCUUUCACCACAUGUAACUUUAGAGUCUUUCAAUGGUAUCAGCAACGUUGUGGAGCAGAAUUUUGAAGCCUUAUUUUCAAAUAAGCCUCUGAUUACUCCAAUUAUAUAG